GCACACGACAACCCCGGCCCGCGGGCGCAAGGCUCCCGGCGAGGGCGCGGGCCGAGGACAAAGGAGCCAGACAGCCGGGGGCGCCGCGGGCAGGGGGCCGGGCAGAAGGGCCCCGCAGCCUCGCCGCCAUGCCGGGGCCCAGGACCCUCGCCAACCUGGUGGAGUUCUUCUGGAAGGACGGCUUCAGCCGCAUCCACGAGAUCCAGCAGAAGCACACACGGGAAUAUGGAAAAAUCUUCAAGUCUCACUUUGGUCCUCAGUUUGUAGUAUCUGUUGCAGACCGAGACCUGGUGGCUCAGGUGCUCCGGGCAGAGGGGGCUGCACCCCAGAGAGCCAAUAUGGGGUCCUGGCAGGAGUACCGAGACUUACGGGGCAAAUCCACCGGGCUCAUCUCCGCGGAGGGUGAACAGUGGCUCAAGAUGAGAAGUGUGUUGAGACAAAGAAUUCUGAAACCGAAAGAUGUGGCCAUUUUUGCAGGAGAAAUCAACCAAGUUAUUGCUGAUUUAAUUAAAAGAAUCUACUUCCUCAAGAGCCAGGCAGAAGAUGGAGAGACCGUGACCAACAUCAAUGACCUUUUCUUCAAAUACUCAAUGGAAGGAGUGGCCACCAUUCUUUAUGAGAGUCGUCUGGGCUGCCUGGAGAACAGCGUCCCGCAGGCGACAGUGGACUACAUCGAGGCACUGGGGCUCAUGUUCUGCACCUUCAAGACCUCCAUGUACGCGGGCGCCAUCCCCAGGUGGCUCCGUCCACUCAUCCCCAAACCCUGGCGGGAAUUCUGCAGGUCCUGGGAUGGACUCUUCAAAUUCAGCCAAAUUCAUGUGGACAACAAACUGAGGGACAUACAGUGCCAGAUGGACCGAGGGGAGAGAGCGAGAGGGGGCCUGCUCACCUACCUCUUCCUCAGCCAGGAGUUGACUCGGGAGGAAAUCUACGCCAACAUGACGGAGAUGCUGCUGGCUGGCGUUGACACGACAUCGUUCACGUUGUCCUGGGCGGUGUAUCUCCUUGCGAGGCACCCGGAGGUGCAGCAGACCGUGUACCGGGAAAUAGUGAGGAAUUUGGGGGAAAGGCAUGUCCCCACGGCCGCAGAUGUCCCUAAAGUCCCACUGGUCCGAGCUCUGCUUAAGGAAACCUUGAGGCUGUUUCCAGUGCUGCCGGGGAAUGGCCGGGUCACCCAGGAGGACCUGGUUGUUGGCGGGUAUCUGAUUCCCAGAGGCACCCAGCUGGCCCUCUGCCACUAUGCCACGUCCUAUGAGGAUGAGAACUUCCCUCGGGCCAAGGAGUUCCGGCCUGAGCGCUGGCUGCGGCAAGGAAACCUGCGCAGGGUUGACAAUUUCGGGUCCAUCCCCUUUGGCUACGGGGUUCGAAGCUGCAUUGGGCGGAGGAUUGCAGAACUGGAGAUCCACCUUCUCGUGAUCCAGGAGCUCCUUGAAAUGCGGGUUCCUGGGCCCCAGCCACAGAGAGAGUCACUUGAAAAUACUGCAGGGACUUCCCUGGUGGCACAGUGGUUAAGAAUCCAUCUGCCAAUGCAGGGGACACGGGUUCGGUCCCUGGUCCGGGAAGGUGCCACAUGCUGCAGAGCAACUAAGCCCAUGUGCCACAACUACUGAGCCCGAGCACUGCAACUACUGAAGCCUGUGCACCUAGAGCCCGUGCUCUGCAACAAGAGAAAUCACUGCAAUGAGAAGCCCGUGCACCACAGCGAAGAGUAGCCCCUACUCUCCACGACUAGGGAAAGCCCACGUGCAGCAACGAAGACCCCAUGCAGCCAAAAAAAAGAAAAAAGAGAAUACUGUGAACAGCUGUUUUACAAAUACAUCUGAAGACUUAGAUAAAAUGUACCAGUUACUAGAAAAGGAGUAAAUUACCCAAAUUGACUCAAAAGAAAGAGAACAGACCUUGAAUACAUUGAGUCAUAGUAAAAAGGUCUACCCUCCUCCCCCACCCCCCUGCAAAUGUUCCAGACCGAGACAGUUUUAUUGGCAAGUUUUAUCAAACCUCCAAUUAAUGGGUGAUCAUCAUCUUAUAUAAACAGAAAAUAGAAAAAGGAAGUCUCGUUUUUAUGAAACUUGUAUGACCUUGAGAGUCAUUACUUGGAAUGGAUAAAAUAAGAAAGAAAAACUGCAGUCCAAUCUGAUUUAUUAACAAAGAUAAAAAAUCCUUUAAAUGAAAAACUGGCAAGCCAAAUCCAGCAAUGUAUGGACAAGAAAGGCACCAUCACCAAAUCAGGUAUGUUCAGGAAUGCAAGGAUGGCCCACCUCAAGAUAGAAUUCACCACAGGGACAAAUUAAAGGAGAAAAAUUGUAUGACCAUCUCCCAAAAUAAUUGAUAAAAUUCAACACCAUUCGUGAAGAAAAUCUCUUAGCACACCUGCAAUGUAAGAGUUUUCCUUAACCAAAUAAAUAGUGUCUAUUCCAACAGAACAGCAACCAUGCCUGUGGCCUAUGGGAAGGGAAGGGAUGGCUUUAAUGCUACAAUAUUAAUGUGUUUCCUUGAAGUCAGGAAUAAGAUAUUCAUAUUGCACAGAGAAUGUUUAGAAGAUACACCGCUGCUCCUUGGGGAUUGGAGACUUGAGGUGGAAGGGGGCUUGUUUUUCGCUUUUACAUCUCCUGUGUAGUUUUAAUUUUUCAGUGAGCAUGUACUACCACUCAGAAAGGUAAAAAGGCCAUGCGGGAUGUGGGCCUUGGAGUGAGGAGACCUGCGUGCGAGUCCUCCCUCUGCCACAUGGGAAUGUGUGAGCAGUGCUGUGAGGUCAGAACAAAGGGUCAGGGAUUAGAUGUUGAGAUGAAGACAUCUCGAUGCCAGAAUGUUCUAGAGCUACCUAAAUACAGGUCAUUCAGCUUGGCUCUCCAACAACGACAAAGUGAUAGGUUCAGCCUGUGUCUUCACUUCAGCCCUGCUCCCUGCCUGACUCCCACCCCUAGAGCCCCAGCUUACAUGGAGGACCCAUCAGCUUUACCUGGGAGACCAGACUGGAGUCAGGGCGGGGUGUGGGGGGACAUCUGCAUCUCAUGUGACAAUACAGAUUCUCCAGCACUGACGCUCUCUUAGGUGGUUGGAGCAGGGGUGGGAUGAAUGGCUGGUCUGCCACCUGUACUGUCCCCACAGGUUUGUGAGCAAGGCCCUGUGUCCCCUCCAGGAACCAACACGGUUUUGACAGAGGUCAUUAGAGCAGGGUUGCCUUUUGUUCCCUAAGCCUAGGGAUGACUUUGAAAAUCAGGCCUUGGCCAUUUGGUGGGGAGAUUAGUGACGGAGGCUGAUGGAUACCUAGGUGUUCUUUAAAACUUUCCAGUUUCACCCUGAGAGGUAAGGCUGCUUCUCCUUUUGAACUGCAGAAGUGAGAAAUGGAAUCAAAGGUGCAAAUGAAAGAUAUUUAAAUUAAGGACAGUAAUGGAUGAAGUCUGGAUGCUUUGCCUCCUCCUGACAGCUGUACCCCUGCUGUGUCUGUACCAUCACUGAAGUGGCCACAGAUUCUGAACCAGCAGGAACCUUGGAAUCUACUUUGUUCCUCUUUUCUCCUUGGUCCUUUGAGUCCUUCUUUUUCUAGACCCUCAGGGGAAGCAAUAGAGUUAGAAUUUUGAAGUGGCUAAUAACAUGUAAGUCAUUUGAACAUUCUGUUACCAAUGUUUGUGUGCCCGAUGCACAGUGGGGCCAAACAAAAUGAAAUGUCAGAGUUUGGAGCAGAGAGAGGUUUGUUGCAGGGCCAGCAAGGAGAAUGGGUGGCUUGUGCUCAAAACCCCCAAACUCCCUGAUGGUUUGGGGGAGAAGCUUUUAUAGGCAAAAUUUGGGGUGUGUGACAUUCUUCUGAUUGGGUGGUGGUGAGGUAACAAGGUGGUGCUCCAGGAAUCUUGUGCUCAGCCUGGAGUUACCAUUUUCCACCUGGAUGGGAGCCUUAGUUCUGCUAAAGAGCUCAAAGAUACUGUUAUGUAUAUUUCUUGAGGAGGAACCAGAACCCAGCUCCAAGGUUGUACCAUUGUAUCUUGACUGCUCCUCCCUUGUUUCUGCAUCCC